AUGGUAGCUCUUACAAAUCUGAGCAACCUUAUACAGCGUCUGAGGGAUAUGGAGGCUUUGGAGCAGGUAUCUGUAACAAUGGAGCUGGAACCAGGACAGGGACGUGGACGUCCAAGAAUUUCAAUUUCUACGAUCAACCUUACCCAUCUAAUAGAACUAGGGCUUCCAACCCAGUCUAUUGCAAAUUUACUUGGUGUGUCUCGUGCAACACUGUUCAGGAGGAUGAAUGAAAACAACUUAUCUGUGAGAGCUUUGUACAGCACGUGUACAGAUGAAGAACUUGAUGCCCUUGUCACAGAGAUUAAGACCUCCAUGCCAGACGCAGGAUAUCGUAUGGUUCGAGGGGCUCUACUGGCACAGGGGCACCGUGUACAGUGGGAUAGGGUGUGUGCAUCCAUGCAUCGUGUGGACAGUGUUGGUGUUCUCUCCAGGAUGACCAACUUGAGAUGUAUUGCUCGGAGACGAUAUAGUGUUCCUUACCCCAAGUACCUGGUGCACAUAGACACCAACCAUAAACUCAUCAGGUACAACAUGGUAAUCUUCGGUGGAAUAGAUGGUUAUUCAAGAAAGAUUAUGUACCUGAAGAUUUCAGACAACAACCGCUCAGACACCCAUUUGGCCUUUUUCAGAGAGGCAGUGAAUACACAUGGGUUUCCACAGAGAGUGAGAGGAGAUCAUGGCGGUGAAAAUGUGGGAAUAGCAGAACUAAUGUUUUCAGUUCGUGGCACUGAUGACAACAGCUUCAUCGCCGAAUAGAGCGUCUCUGGCGUGAUGUAUUCGUAGGGGUAACAAGCAUCUACCAUAACAUUCUGCACACAUUGGAGGACAGUCACUUGCUGGAUAUCAGCAACUCCUGCCAUUUAUUCAGCUGUCAUUAUGUGUUCCUGCCACGCAUCCAGGCCAGCUUGGAUGUCUUUUCUGAGGGGUGGGACAACCAUCCCAUAAGAACAGAACACAAUCUAACACCCAUUCAGUUGUGGCAAGUGGGCCAGUUCCAAAACCCAAUUAUGGAUCCAGAGGUAAAUUUGGCAUCCACGUAAAAUGGAGGCAAAUAUUAAAUGUGUAAAAGUUUAAACAAAAAGUACAAUUAUCUAUGAAAUUUGUUUUCUUCAGAACGUAGCCAUACCCAACAUUGAAUGGGAGGAGAGCGGAUACUUGGAGGACCCAAACCUUGGGGUGCAUGUUCCUGUGCUUGACAUUUCAUUGACAGACGAUGAAAUGUCACAACUUACAGAAACCAUCAACCCCAUGCAACACUCUGAGUCUUAUGGAGUAGACCUCUAUCUUAGCACUGUCCAGUAUGUUGAGAGAUUAACUGAAAGUUAGUCCCUGCCAAAUUCCAUUUAUGCUUUCUUGCCUUGUUGUACACCCUGCUUAAUCUGUAGGUGUGGAGCUUUCAUUUUUCAUAUUUACCCACUGUACAAUAUUUA